AAUAAUCUCUUCCGCUUUUAUCUCACCAUGAGCGAAUUAAUUGAACUUCGCCGCGAGCAAGCGAUCCGGGAGUACGAGUGCAUGAAGCACCUGAAACUCUUCACCGACGAGGAAAUUCAGAGCAUCAAAAACAAACGGCACUAUCACGAUUACAAGAUCGAACGUCGGACAAAAAGUUUGGCCGACUUUAUCAACUACAUCGCCUACGAGUGCAAUCUGUUUCAGCUGUUGCUGCAGCGCCGCCGACGGUUACGCAUCCGCGCCGAAUGGGUUAGCCUCGAGAAAAGCAUACACAACCGUGUCCGGGUGCUGUACAAACGGGCGAUGCACCGGUUCGCGUCCGACUAUCGUGUGUGGAUCCACUUCCUGCGAUACUGCAAAACACGCCGAUUUUUCACCGAAGGUUCAGCUGUGCUCGACCAGAUGUUGGGCUACCAUGGCGAUAAACCGAAAGCCUGGCUGUGUGCGAUCGAUUGGGAGUAUUUGCAGGCGAAAAAUAUGACCCGUGCCAAACACUACACACUUCGGGGACUGCAGCGUCACCCGGAAUGUCGGGAACUGUGCGUAAACUUUAUCACGAUUCAACUGGCUGAAGCGAAGCGAAUUGGGAAAAAGUCGGAGAAAGAGGAAAAGAACGUCCCGGUGGGGGACGAUGCGGAGUUGGAGAAAGCGCUCAAAACAGCCCACUUAGUGUACAAAAACUUUGAGCAUAAAGAUAUGGCGUUCUAUGAGGAAUUGUUAAAAGUGUUUAAAAAGUACGUUCCCGUGUCGAACGAGUUGGCAAAGGAAGCGAUUGCGGAAAUGCGAAACAUACUUGCCGAUAAGGAAGAAAUGUGGCAUUUGCUUGCAAACCUAAUGCUCGAGGGAAGUGAAUUCGUAACGGAAGGUGCUAUUAAAUCUUCCGAAGCGCUUGAAAAGUGUCUCGAGAUUUAUGAGGAAGCAUUGGACCGUUUGCCAACGAAGAAAAUGCACAGCUUUUGCAUUGAUGCGAUGCUCGAGCUUAAUUCCACCCAAGAUGAAACGGUCGGCGUUCAAAAGAGCAAACGAAAAGCUCUCGCCAAUGCGUUCAAGCGGGCCCUUGUUGCCGAUCUACUAGAGGAGAAAAAAUUGCUCCAGUAUCUGAAGCUUCUGCUGCACAACAAUAAUCCCAAGGAAGAACUCAUCAUGAGCGUCAUUGGCAAAGGCUUGGAACAGUAUCCGGCAAGUGUGAAAAUUUGGCAAUCGUACAUGCGCUACCUGAUGGUCCACAAAGACGUAGAGGAGGAUGAGCUGGAAGCUGUUUUCCGUAAAGGCGUUAGCAGUCUGCCGGAAAAAAGCAACCGAUUGCCACUGUGGGAAAUGCUUUUCCAUUACUACAGCAAUCGGCCAGAUUUGCCCGGCAAGCUGGAGCAGCUGUUCCGGCGUGCCAUCGACCAAGGACCGGAAAUAUCGCACCAUUAUCAGCCUCUGUUUCUGGAUUAUAUUAUGAGCAAGAGUAGCAUUGCGAAGGCGCGAAGUGAAUAUCAGCGGUUGGUGAAGAAUUACACCACCACGUUGGAGUUGCAUCAGAAAAUGGCAAACUUGGAAGCGACGCAGACACCACCGGACGUUAACGAAUGGCGCCAGUGUCACGAGAAUGCUACCCAAUUCUACGGUAAAACAGAUCCAACCGUUUGGUUGCAGUACGCCCAAUUUGAACGGGACCAUGGCAAACCGCAACACAUGCAAUCGCUGUACGAACGGGCCAAAGCUGCACUGGAUGAGGAAUCGUUUGCAACCUUCAUGGCGGAGUAUGAGCUUAUUCGUAACCCCUACAUUGUUCGUUACUAA